ACUCCAUAUACAUUCGCAGUGAGCAUAUACAGCAGCAUCUGGUUUCUAAACGAAUCGCGUAUUCACCUUUAUUCAAAAAAAUGACCUCUGCAGACCAGAUAACAGCGAAACGCCUGAACUUGGAAAAGGCAACAAAUUUUAUGCGACAGUUCAGAGAUCCCCAUUCUAGAGAGCUAAAAAAGCUAUCGGCUAAUCAAUUUAUGGAAGUCUGGAGCCAUUACGAUAAAGAUGGAAAUGGAUACAUUGAAGGAAUAGAAUUAGACGGCUUUUUAAGAGAAUUUGUGUCCAGUGCCAAUGUUUCAGAUGUAGGUCCAGAGGUUGUGUCCGAUGAGAUGUUAGUAGAACUGAAAUCUUGUUUUAUGGAAGCUUAUGACGAUAAUCAAGAUGGCAAAAUUGACAUAAGAGAGCUUGCUCAGCUUCUGCCGAUGGAAGAGAAUUUUCUGCUUUUAUUUCGAUUCGACAAUCCCCUGGAAUCCAGUGUUGAAUUUAUGAAGAUAUGGAGAGAAUACGAUACAGACGGAAGCGGAUACAUCGAAGCAGAUGAAUUGAAAAAUUUCCUUCGAGAUCUUUUAAAAGAAGCGAAAAGAAUGAACGACGUCUCGGAAGACAAACUGAUCGAAUAUACGGACACAAUGUUACAAGUUUUUGACUUCAACAAAGACGGCCGGCUACAACUAUCUGAGAUGGCAAAGUUGCUUCCAGUGAAAGAAAAUUUUCUCUGCAGACAGGUAUUUAAGGAAGGGAUGGAAGGUGCCACAAAACUUACCAGAGCUGACAUUGAGAGAGUGUUCUCCCUUUACGAUAGGGAUAACAAUGGCACGAUAGAAAAUGAGGAGCUAAGAGGAUUUCUUAAGGACCUCUUGGAGUUGGUCAAAAAAGACUAUGAUGCUCAAGAUCUUCAAGAAUUUGAAGAAACUAUUUUACGAGGUGUUGACUACAGUCAAGACGGAAAGGUAAAUAAGAAGGAGCUCACGAUGAUACUUUUGGCUAUUGCAAAACAUAACCAGGAAGAAGAGUCUACAUCAACAGCAUCCACAUAAAUUUAAUGUAACAUAAUGUUUAUUCUCCCGUUUCUGAGAUAAAGUUGUUGCCAAUCUUUAAUGUUGAACAAGUAACACAAGUUAAACAGUUUUUGAUAGAUGAGUUUAGAGAAAUAUUUAAUUAUUUGAUUAAAAAAAUAUAAAUAAAUAUAUUUAAAUACAGUUCACUUGCGAAAUUGAAAUAAUAUUUUAUGGUGUGGUGUGAUUCUGCAAAGAAUAAACUUACUUUAAGACAGUACAAUUUUAACCACUAAUCUUUAUUCUCAAUCCAAAAGAGCCUACUAUAAACAUCUUUUAAAGAAACGAAAAAACAAUCAUUAUUUGAAAAAGGUAUAAGAAAAUUAAAUAAAAAAACAGAACAUAAUUAAUUUUACUUUUACUUUCAACAACCAUAUUUUGUCCAACACUGGAUGUUAUUGGUUUCAAAUUUUUUAACUUAUACGUAAUAUAGCCAUUCAAACUUUUGGUAGUAGAGCAACUUUGCAAUUCUCAAUUUUUCUUGUCUGCCACUUAGUAUUUAAAAAAAAAUAUGUUAAAUGUGGUCUUGGCUAGACUUAAAAAAUGAAAAUGAGCUUUUUCAGAUUUUUUUAGAAACUUCCAGAAGCUGCCGGAAAAUGUAGAACUGUUAUGAAUUAAAAUAUGAAACUUUUCCCUAUUUAAUAUGGAACGAACAAACUGAUAAUGGCCUAGCUUGACAAAGUCAGUUAAACGAAAAAGUGUAUCCUUAGUACAAAGAAUGUGAACAGAAAUGAAGAAACUGAAGAAAUUAGGAAAAGACUAGCCAAAAGAAACAGAAGUGCUGGGGCGCUACUACAGUUAUUAAUAUCAAAUGUAAUGAAGGGAAAAACAAAGAAAAUAGUAUACCAAACUGAUAGAAGUGCUGUACGGAUCAGAACUAUUGAAAUGAAUGUAAAAUUGUAGAAAAGUAUAUAAAAGAAAGAUAUUAAGGCGAAAACUUCGGAUGGCUUUAUUUCUGGUAAAUUUAAGUUGGAAUUUUGAAUUUUUAGGGUAAGAGGACAUAAUUCCACAUACUUUUCAUCUAUAGCUAGCUUGACUUUUCAAAAUAAAUAAAUAAUAUUUUAUCAAAAUUAUAAAUUAAAAAAUUUCAAAAGUAACCUACCUAAUUGGUAAAAAAGUGGGCUCAUUCAUAACCUUUAUAAUAUGUAUAUACAGGGUGUCACUGGAAAUUUUGACGUAAGGGUAGUUUGGGCGGAUGAAUAAAAAUUUUAUAAAAUAAAAAUCUUAAGGCACACAACAAAAUUUUUAAUUAGAUUUUAUCAACCCAAAACCCGCUGAUUUAUAAACACAUGGGUAAACACGUGGUAAGUAAGUCAUCCAAGCUAUUGUGAUGCCACACUAAUAUUGUAUUUGUUAAAUAGUUGAGACUUUUAGGAAUAAUCACGAACAUAUCCUUAAAACUAAAAAAAGAAAUUAUAGUCAAAUUGUAGUUACAUAAAUGACACUAAGAGAACAAAACAAUUGAUAUUGAAAAUGUAACAGUGCCUACCUAAAUAUUAUAAAUUCUACAGUUCGAUCAACGUCUUAAAGUUAUGAGUACAAAAAUAAAACAAAUUAAUUAUUCGAAAAUUCGCUUUUGAAUUAAAAAUGUCCGAGUUAGAGUAUACAUCAACUCAAAGGUAAUAUUCCUAGUGUCAAGAUAAGAUUUUACUGCCGGCGAUUACUGCUUGUAAAAGAUAGAGCGAGAUCAAUUUUGGUUACCAUGCAAUUUGCAAGAGAGAGAGUCAAAGAGGCGAUUGUGAAACUUUGAAUUAUAUUUUUAAGUUACCUACUUGUUACAUUUAUUUUCCUAAGGGUCUAUUCUUAAAAACUCUUUGAUAUGUAAGUAAUUUACAUGAGUAUUCCAUCUUAAAACUACACUAUACACGUCCUACAUAUUAUUAUUAAUAUUAUAACGAAUGAUUCACAAGAAAAUGUUUCUAAAGUAGACCAUGUCCGAGAUAACUACGCACGCUUCUGAAUUAAAUCCAAAACCAUUUAAAACAUGCUUGUUCCGACAUGCGUGAUUUUCCCAUGGCCUGCUUUAGAAACAUUAUUGGCGGAUCACUCCAUAUUAACCAUAUUAAAAUAAUAUAUUAAUUUAGUUAAUUCUAUAAUUAGGAUUUUAAAUUUUUUGCAUGGAAUUAUAAUCAGUUUCUCUCGACGUUGGUAUGCAGAUAUAUUGUUUUGUGAAUUGUAUAUUUCAAUUGAAGCAAGAAGAAACUACACUAAAUAUCUAGGAUCUUAAUAAAACAAUCAAGUAAAUCUUUAUAUAAUAUAAUGAAAUAUUACUCUAAACUAUCGAUUCAAAAAUAAAUUUAUUAUAAAAAAUAGGGUUAUUUAUACGUGUGACACCAAAUUCAAGACUAAUAAUUUUAUAGAGUUGCUCUAUUCGAGAUGUUUCUCAAUCAAUUCGUCUGCUUCGCAUAUCAAUAUACCUAUACCUAUAAUAUAAUUAAGAUCUUAUAAAAAUAUUUAUAUAAAUAUAUUAAAACUAAAUUUAUUAUAACUUGGGACAUUUACAAAAAAAUAUCAUCUCUACAGGGUGUGUAACAUACUCUAAAAUACGAUUUGCCAGGAGUUUACACUAUCCAUAUCUAUAUGGUUUAAAUGAAAUUUAAUAAGAUUGAUACAUAUGAAAGCCAAACGUCAACCAUAAUAUUUUGAAACCUAAGUGCAGUAGCAUUGAUUAUUAGCAGAGCUGGGUAAUUCCUAGUUAAAAAGUAAUUAAUAAUUACAAUUACUUUUUUAAUGUAAUUUGUAAUUGUAUUUAAGUACAUUUUUAAAAGUAAUUUGGAAUUGUAAUUGCGACAAAAUCUGUGGAGAAAUUGUAUUUUGUAAUUAUACUAUUUAAUUUGUCUAAAUACAAUUACUUCUAAUAAUUAUAAUUACUUUUCCAAUUACAAUUACUUUAUUUAAUUAUAAUUACAUGUAUAGGUACAAUUACAUUUUUAAAGUGGUAUAAAAACAAGAAAUUUCCUAUUUGAACCAGUCAUUAGAUCUCGGAGUCGCAUCCAUUUCAUUUGUUUGGAUGCAUUUGACGAAAGCGCUGUUCCGUGGCAAGAGCCUCAGUGAAGUAGUGAAAUUGUUGAACACAAAAUAAUAACAGUAAGAAGCAAGAAGAUACCCUUAUUUUUAAGACGUAUUUUGUUUGUAUAUUAUUAUAAACAUAAUUUAUAUUACAUACACACUAUAAAUUAAGGAAAUAUAGUAUGAAGUGAUGCAUGCAGCAGUUUUUAUGGGGUUAAACGACUCCAGACUAAUGAUGCUCGAUUUGUAUGGUAUGAUUGUAAUAUAAAAGUACUUAAAAGUACACGAUCUUUUGUAUUUUUGUUCCGAAAAAUAAACUCUUAAGAGCUCACAUUUUAUUAUUAAUUUCCCUGUUUCAUUUUUUAUACUUAUCACUUGUUAUGGAUGAUGUGUUUUCCCUUAAAUGGUAUAGAAAACAAUUAGGGCUGGUUGUAUAAAGCUUACUUAAAGUUGAGCUCAGUUUUAGGUAAUACAAUUUUCAAUGGUAUAGGUACAUUUCAUAGUGCUAAAUUGUGUUUAGACUGUAUUUAUGCCAUACAAUAUUUGUCAUGUGUCACCUCAAACCGAGUUUAACGAGUAAGCUCUAUACAACCCGCCUUUAAGAUAUCUUUAACUUUGGAAUCCACACGAAAGUAGCUGCAAAUGGCUGUUAGUUGAACACUUUGAAUUAAAUAUAUAAAAAUGUUGUUCGAACUGGUCCAUGGUUCAUGGUUCCUCAAUUCUAACAUAAUGUUUUGUUGUUAUAUUCGCAAAGUAAUUAGAAAAGUAAUUAUGAAAGUAAUUGACAAUUCCUUUUUUCAUAUAAUAGUAAUUAAAUCAGUAUAAUUCCUAUUUUUAUAACAUGUACUUUGUACUUGAAAUUAAUUCAUGUUAUUACCCAGCUCUGAUUAUUAGAUUAUUUUUUUAGUAUCUGCAGUAUAUUUCAUGUCACAAUUGAAUUUUUAAUACUUGUUGCUGUUUUAUAAUUAUUGAACUUAUUCCAAGUUUUUUGGAAGUUUUAAAAUGUGUAAGACUAAACUAAAGGUACUAAAAAUGUACGACUACCUACUGUUAUUAAUAAUUAGCUUACCUUUUAUUAAAUUAGGUACCGAAUCUAUUUUGACAAAUUGAAAUAGUUAUUAAAAUAAUAUUUUAUAUUUCUUGUCUUUUUUCAAUUUGAGAUAGUUAAGUACAUAAUUAUAAGUACAUCAAAAUUCAGUGAUUAACAGAUAUUUUUCAUUAAUCUUAAAUACCAUAUUCAAAUAUUAAAAGACUUACUUUGUAAAAUGAAGUCUGAUAACCUACAUAUCUUAAAAUAAUAAAUUUAUCACCACAAUGCAACGUUUGCUAAUUUUUCGUAAGUGUCUCAUUACUAAACUGGAUCAUUUUAUACCAAAAAAAAUAUGUAUUUGUUUUACACUCAAGGUUCUGUUUAACGAAAAAUACUGUUCUCUUAUACCUAUUAAACUUUUAUUAGAAACUAUUAAUCCGAUAAAAAAAAUGCCGUUUGAAACACAAUUUAAUAAACUUUGAUAUAAAUUUAUCACGAGUGCUUAUCGUUAUGUAAACGGUAUGUAAAUCUUAUGUAAACGUUGUGUAAACGUUAUGUAACCGUUACAUAAACGUUAUGUAACUGUUAUAUAAACGGUAUGUAAAAAAUGAAACGUAUUUAUAUGGUAGAUAUAACAGGAAUAACAAACUUAUAUGACAUAUUAAAAUUAUUGCUUUUGCAAUUGAAGAGUAUGCCAACAGGCAGAAAGCGAUAUAUAACGGAUCACGAUGACCGCUUUAUUGUGUCGACAUCAUUGUGAAAAUCGUCGUCUAAAUGAGGAUUAAGGGCAAUAAUAGAUCCGUGAAAUAUGAGGAGUGGCUAUAUAAGUAAGUUGACGUUGACAGUAUGAUGAAAACUGCAUGAAAGUAAACUGACCCCAAAAGCACCUGCGAUUAGACGUCUGCUUUUUGCACGGGAUCAUCUGAAUUUGACAUUGGAACAAUGGAAGUCUGUUCUCGCUCUCAGAUACAACUAGAAUAUGCCUCUAAGGUAUCUAAGUGUAUCGAGCACCAAUAGAGUGAUUUGAAUAAUGCUGCAUUAAAGAGCAAAGUGCUUAUGGGAGUGCAUGAUUUGUGGUGAAAUUUCUAUGGUAGUACAAACCGACCCUGUUUUCAUCAGUAGAGAAGACCGUGGUUACGAGAGAGACGGUUAAGGGGUGCAAGGUACAUCGAAGAGAUUUUGACAGUUCAUGUGUUACCUUACAUCAACUACAUUGUAAACGAAUUUAUUUUUAUGAAUGACAAUGCGAGGGCGCACAUUGCAAAAAUCGUGCAAGAUUACAUUAAAUCGAUUUUAAUUGAACGAUUUAUAUUGAUCAAAAUAAAAUCGAAUGAAAACCCUUAUAUGAACCUAUAUUUCAAUUUUUGUUGUAUGACAAAAAUCGCUUCAACAAAAGUUGGACCCAUUUCAACUUUAUCUUUACGAUUUUUAUGAGUAAUUCCAAAUUUCAAAUAGUGUUUUUGGUACUCGAUACAUAUUCAUAAAAGCUAAAGUACCCACUGAAUGAAUCUCAUGUUGCUAGAUAACUCAAUAUUAUUUGUGUAAUUUUAUAGAGCAGCAGGGGAGGGCUUGGCGCAUAGUUGUAUCAUUUUUUAGCAAUUUUCAACUGAACUUUAGAAGGGAGUUCUUCAAAUUUUUUCUCUGGCAAUCUUAAUCCCUGCAUCCUUCAACAUCUUUCUGAAACACCUUAUAAUGUAUGCCUUUUCAAAAUCCAUUUUCGAACCAAAAUAACACGUUCUGCUUGUUUCUUCUUACAUAUUCUGAUAAAAUAUUUCUCACUUCUGUAUUUAUUAAUUUACAAAUGACACGAACACCCACACGAAAAACCUCGCUGGUCGCCAUUAUCGGUUUACCAUUCGUUGAAACAUGUGAACAAAAACUUGAUUCAAUUUUAGUUGAUCAAUAAAAAUUGUUCAACUAAAAUCGACUCUUGAGAACCCGCCAGAGCUUAUUGUUGCAGUAAAAGAUUAGUGGUUUAACAUCCCCCAAGAAUCAAUAUCGUAUGAGAGAUAUUAUUAGGGCAAGAGGGAGUCAUACACAUUAUUAAAAUAGUGUUAAUUUAGAUAAAACAAGUUAAUUUGUAUCAUACUUUAAUUUUACAAUUUUAGGCCUAAAAGGCACAUUAAAUUUUAAUAAAUUUAAAUUCGUAUCAAAGCAUAUUAAAUUGUCUUUCAAACAGCAAUUUUUGAUCAGAUGAAUAGUUUCAAAAAAAUAUAUAGUUAAAAUCAAAAGUUUACAGUGGGCCGAGUUCUAUGCACGUAAGUGUAUUUUAAAACUCACGAAAACCUUGUGCCCAAAAUAAUUAAUUCUACAUAAUUUUAAUAAAACAACGAAAUUAUUAUGAAUCAUUAAAUUGAUUUCCGCUUUCUCUGGCAUAAAAUGAUUCAAACCUUUAAAAAUAAUAAUUUUAACGAAAGUCUUUCUACCUAAUUCUUUGCCUCCUGUGAAUUAUAAAAUUUCUCUUGGCCUAAGGGUAGAAUCGUGAUUGAGCUUAAUGCAAUCAUUUAUCGAUAUAUAGGUAGGAUUUAUUAAUGUUAAGAUUUUAAAAUUUUAUUGUUCUUAUUCUUUGUUACCGCACAAAACAUGUCGUUAAUUUUAUCGUUCAUCUCAAUUUUUACAAAUGAAAAUAGGCCCAUUGGUAAUUCAAUGCACCACCACUACAUAAUAUCACAUAACAAACAAACGAGACUUUGUUGGUUGUGGAUUUUAACGAUAAUAUAUCAAGAGGUAGGUACAGUGAAAAUUACUAAUAAAAUUAUUGGGUUACUCUUUGGAUUACGUAAUAAUUUUCGUCCAAGCAAGAAGAGGUUAGUAUCAAAUCUGGGAAAUUAAAUGAAAAUUAAAAUGCAGGUACCUACAGAAAUUUAAAAACGAAGGCUAUACUCAAGCAUUACCUAAUUGAACACCAAUGAACGCCAUACUAUUGCUGUUUGUU